AUGGGGCAGCGCUUGAACCGCUGCCUCGAUGUCCCCGUCGCGUUGCCGCCUCUGAGGCGGAGGCUUCUGCUGCUCUUCAUCAUGCUCUUCCUCUGGCUCUAUAUGUUCUACUCCUGCGCUGGCUCCUGCGCCGGGCUGGCCACCCGCGGUUCUCCCGCACCUCCCCGCUUUGCCCCGCCGCUUCCUCACCUCCUCCAGCCGGCUGCGGGAGAACCGGGCGAGGAGAGCAGCCUGGAGGAGCAACGGGCAGCGCCCGACUCCGCCAGCCCCAUCUCCACCUUCUUCAACGGCUCCGGCACGAAGCGGCUGCCUCAGGCCAUCAUCAUCGGUGUGAAGAAAGGGGGGACCCGGGCGUUGCUGGAGUUCCUGCGGGUGCACCCCGACGUCCGCGCUGUCGGUGCCGAGCCCCACUUCUUCGACCGCAACUACGAGCGGGGACUCGCCUGGUACAGGGACCUCAUGCCCAGGACCCUGGAGGGGCAGAUCACCAUGGAGAAGACCCCCAGCUACUUCGUCACCAAGGAGGCUCCGGCUCGCAUCUCCUCCAUGGCCAAGGGCACCAAGCUGAUCGUGGUGGUGCGGGACCCGGUGACCAGAGCCAUCUCGGACUACACCCAGACGCUCUCCAAGAAGCCUGACAUCCCCACCUUUGAGAGCCUGACCUUCAAAAACAGGACUACAGGCCUGAUCGACACCUCCUGGAGCGCCAUCCAGAUUGGCAUCUACGCCAAGCACCUGGAGAACUGGCUGCUCCACUUCCCCCUGGGGCAGAUCCUCUUCGUCAGCGGGGAGAGGCUGAUCAGCGACCCCGCGGGGGAGCUGGGCAGGGUCCAGGACUUUCUGGGCCUCAAGAGGAUCAUCACUGACAAACACUUCUACUUCAACAAGACCAAGGGGUUCCCGUGCCUGAAGAAGGCGGAAGGCAGCAGCAAACCUCACUGCCUGGGGAAGACAAAAGGCAGGACCCACCCUGACAUAGACCAGGAGGUGGUGCAGAGGCUGCGGGACUUCUACCGGCCCUUCAACAUGAAGUUCUACCAGAUGACAGGGCAGGACUUUGGCUGGGACUGA